AUGAACGACUUUAGUCCUCCACCAUUAAGAGCACCUACAGCAUGUGUUGCCUGCAAUAAAAAGAAGGUUCGCUGUAUCUUCGACGGAAAUCCUGAUGUAUGUGUGAACUGUCAACGGCAUCAGUGGCCCUGUUCUCGACGGGAGCGCAAGAGAAAAAGAGCUCAUAGUAAUGAUGGUGACUGCCUCAAUGAUACCGAAACGGUUAGAAGGAGACGAGUGAGCUGGGACGAGCCGAACAGCUUUGGUCCUAUCGGCUCAGCCAGAUCCCCAUGUCCAAGCUCUGAGUAUGAACAGGAUCGGAAUCAGUGCCGCGACACAAGUCAAGAUAGAGCUGGUACUGGAGAAAUUAUUACACCAGAGUCCAAUCCAUACUCAUCGGCGUCGACUUUGAGCUUCAUGGCACGCUCCCGCUACUUUGACGAUGCGGUGUCAAUCAACGAAGAACAGGCCAGAUCAUAUCCAGAAGGAGACGCAGAUGGGCCAACUGAAGAUGACAUCCAGCUCCUUAGACUGCAAGGUGCAUUCGACCUCCCACCACGAGCUAUCCGAGAGGGAUUGAUUAACACAUUCAUGGAAAGAUGUUCACCAUGGAUGCCAAUAAUCGAGCGGAGCUUGCUAGAAGAAAGCGGCUCUCAGAAGCCAUCAAUACUACUUCUCCAGUCUAUUUUCGUCGCUGCGAGCCGAGUCACAUCUGCACCGGGUGUGACUGCGUAUGCAUCUUUGCAUCAGUUUUAUCGCCGCGCAAAAGCCUUGUUCUGGUCUGGAUACGAGAGAAAUCCAGUGACCGUCGUCGCAGCAGUGUGCAUUUUGCAUUGGUAUAACCCGGAAGGCCCCGAGCAUGUAUCCACCAACACUAGUGGAUUCUGGCGAUAUGUGGGAGUUGGGUUAGCUCAUCAGAUUGGAUUGCAUAAGGAGCCAACGAAUAAAAGAGAUGCUGCUCUGAGGCGCAGGCUGUGGUGGACUCUAUAUGCUAGAGAUUGUUGUAUUUCUGCAGGACAGGGGCGGCCACUAGCAGUGGAUCUGGAGGAUUGUGAGGUGGCACCGCCUUGUCCCGAGGAUUUCCAUGAUUCAAGCUCAAAUGCCACUCUGUUCAUCGCAUAUGUCGAGAUCAGUUCUAUUCUGGGCCAUCUCACCGAGUAUUGUCGUCGCAAGACCCUCACACGCGAGGCCCGACAGAACCUCGAGAAUCGGUUAUAUCGAUGGACACGCGAUCUUCCACCCUCGCUGCGUUUGUUUUGCAGCCGGAGUACCUCAGAUGAUUCAUCAUCACCGAAAAGAACACUGGCUCGAUACAACUUUGAAGCACGUCAGCUCCACAUCCCAUACUUUACCUGUCUUGCAAUCAUGUGUCGACCCAACCCCGGGGAGUCCGCCUCACCAGGAGUGCUUUUAGCAUCAUCUUUCAUCGCCGGGAUAUAUGAAGACUUCCUUGCUCGAGAUGAGAUCCAAUUCCUGAGCCCAGUAUUCACAUUCCACCUUUUGGCUGCCGGAAUCGGGCUUCUCUCCUGCAAUAACGUACCAUCACACCGGGAGAAGGCAGCAAUUAGUUUGGAAUCCAUUUACCUGGCUCUCGAGGAGCUUGCAAAACGCUGGUCAUCUGCGAAAGGCAGUCUAAGAGCCUUGAAGAGCAUUGCUGAGAAGCAGCGGAGCAUGUCGACAACGGACGAAAUGCUGUCGAUGGCGCUCUCUAGAGACCACCAACCAUUUUUUGAGGGAUUUGGUCCAGAUCUCUCCUGGGCUUGGUCACAUUUCAUGGAUCUCGGACAAGUUGCGGGGCAUGAUGGCCGCACAAAUAGCUUUAUGGUAGCCGGGAUCCCAGAGCUAGGAAAUUGGGCCGAGUCCCGGGCACCGGAUGCUAUAUCUUCGGAUGAGUACAGGCCACUCACUACGAUCUUGGACCGCAAUGAAGGCCUCGCUAUGGGAGAUAUGUCGCAAGAUAUUACAGGUGAUUUCUUUAAUCAAUACCAGGGAAUGGGGGAUUGGCUGUUCAAGGAUUUGGAAUGGAAUGGCGAGAUUGCCUAG